CCCUGUCGCUCUGUUCCCGCUUAUCUCUCCCGCCUUUUCGGCGCCACCACCUUCUUGGAAAUGAGACAGAGCAAAGGGGAGGGGGCUCAGACCACCACCUCCCCUGGCAGGCCCCAUAAAAGCGACUGUCACUCGGUCCCAGACACCAGAGGAAGCUCAAGACCCAGCAGUGGGACAGCCAGACAGACGGCACGAUGGCACUGAGCUCCCAGAUCUGGGCCGCUUGCCUCCUCCUCCUCCUCCUCCUCGCCAGCCUGACCAGUGGCUCCGUUUUCCCACAACAGACGGGACAACUUGCAGAGCUGCAAGGACAGCUGGACAGAGCUGGAGCCAGGGCCGGCUGGACGGUGAGCGCAACAGUGAUGCCCUUCCCAGCCCCAUGCUCCCCUCCCCAUGCCCAGGCCGGUUACCUGCUCACACUCCCUUCCUUCCCACAGCCCAUGCUCCAGAGGCGAAGGAGGCGAGACACCCACUUCCCCAUCUGCAUUUUCUGCUGCGGCUGCUGUCAUCGAUCAAAGUGUGGGAUGUGCUGCAAGACGUAGAACCUUCCUGCCCUGCCCCCGUCCCCUCCCUUCCUUAUUUAUUCCUGCUGCCCCAGAACACAGGUCUUGGAAUAAAAUGGCUGGUUCUUUUGUUUUCCAAA